AUGAGCGAGCCGAGCGAAAACAUGUACUCUGUGUUUUGUGACGUUCAAAAGGCACCACCUAUUGAAGUGACGACUCUGUCCGAACAAUGUCAACAGGACCCAGCUGUGAAUAAAGCGAAUUUAACUCUUGGUGUUUACCGGCCUUUUAAUGGCAAACCUACCAAAAUACCGGUCGUGCGUAAAGUUGAAAUCGAAAUGGCACAGGAUCCUUCUCUUAAUAAGGAUUACUUACCCAUUACUGGACUGCCAGCUUUUUGUGCCGCUGGUAUUCGUUUGUUGUUAGGUUCUGAAAAUCCGGCGAUUAGUUCACAGUUGGUGGAUGGAGUUCAAUGCGUUGGUGGAUCCGGCGCGGUCUAUUUAGCUGCGCAGUUUUUGAAGAAAAUCCUAAAAUUUUCAACUGUUCUUAUUCCAAAACCCAGUUGGCCGAGCCACCGUGGAAUAUGUUUACAGGCUGGCUACACCAUCAUGCACUACAGAUAUUGGAAUCAAGAAAGACACUGUCUAGAUUUUUAUGGACUUCUAGAGGACAUCAAAUCAGCGCCAGACAACAGUGUGAUAAUUCUUCACGCAUGUGCCCAUAAUCCAACCGGUAUGGACUUGGCUCCAGAGCAGUGGACAGAAAUCGCGCAAAUAAUGAAGAAGAAACGUUUGUUUCCACUCUUCGACAUCGCAUACCAAGGACUCGCUUCUGGAGAUACCGAUGAGGACGCGUGGGCUAUUAGAAUGUUUCUUGAACAUGGAUUUGAAUUUUUUGCAGCACAAUCCUUCUCGAAGAACUUUGGCCUUUAUAACGAUCGUGUAGGAAAUCUUGUGUUUGCAACUAAAAACAAAGAGCUCACUGCAAACACAAAGUCACAACUUUUAAUCCUUGCACGUUACUGCUGGUCCAAUCCGCCAAAUCACGGAGCCACCAUUGUUUCGAAUGUUCUGAACGAUCCGCAGUUAUACGUUGAGUGGAAAUCGAAUCUACGGGAAAUGUCUGAUCGCAUAAUUCGCACACGGCAGCUCUUCUAUGACAAACUUACUGCCAUGGGUACUCCUGGAAACUGGGAAAAUAUCAUUAAGCAACGAGGCAUGUUUUCGUACACGGGGCUCUCGCGUAAGUACUUUAGGAUCCACUCCAGACCAUUCAUCUCACCGGUUGCUUUCUCGGCCGUCUUUUUUUGUUUGCUUAUUGUUUUAUUUUCCACAAAUUUCUCCCAUUUUUAA